AUAUGUCACCAGCGUUGCCUGACCGUUUUGGAGAGCGCUAGCAACAGAAAUAACAAAAAUUAAAUAUCAUUAAAAGGACAAAUAAUUAGACAUGAGUGGAGCAGAAAAGGCCUUCGAACAGGUGCGCCAGGUGCGCCAAAAUGCCCGAGAGUACGAGAGUUCCGUCAAGGACUUGUAUUCAUGGGAGCGGGACAUUAAGAGCAAGGAGAAGGAGCUUCAGAAUGCGCCGGCGUCUGCCGCCAAGAUGGAUCUGCCAGUGCGCAGUCAUGGAAAGCCGCAGAAACCCGAGAAGGACAGUCCCACAUCCUCUGCGGCCAGCACACCCACAGAGAAGCAGGACCUGCCGAUGGAUCCUGUGGCCCAGCAGCACAAGAAAGCCAACGACAUCAAGGACCGGGGUAAUACCUAUGUCAAACAGGCUGAAUACGAAAAGGCCAUCGUGGCCUACUCCACGGCCAUUGCCGUGUAUGCCCAUGAUCCCAUAUACUAUAUAAACAGAGCAUUGUGCUACUUAAAACAGGAGCGUUUCGAGCUAUGCGCAGAGGAUUGCGAGGCUGCCAUUGCGCUGGACAAACUCUGCGUAAAGGCUUAUUACCGCCGAAUGCAGGCCAACGAGUCCUUGGGAAACAACAUGCAAGCCCUCAAGGAUUGCACCACCGUGCUGGCCAUUGAGCCAAAGAACAUUGAAGCUAAGAAAAGCUUGGCCAGAAUCAACGAACGUCUGCGCAAAAAUGCUACGAAAAGUGGACCAAACUUCACGCCCGAACGCCCUGGUCUGGUCGACGUCUUGCCUUUCGAUAAGCCUGUAUAUAAGCGCUCCAAGAAGGCCAUGCGUCGUGUACCCAUUGUGGAUGUGGUAACCCCUCGCGGCACCAGCGAUGACACCAACAAUCUGCGUAUUUCGGAUGAGGAUAUAGACAAAAUCUUUAAUAGUAGCUGCGGCUCAUUCGAGGAGGUAAAAAAGACGAAUGUAAAGCAGAAACCACUAGAUACAUCAAUUAGUCCAGCCAAAGUUGAGACAAUUGUUGAGAGCUCAAAAGACGCUAAGAAAGAAGCCAAGCAAAGUCUACCCAAAGCAGCACCAGUUAUGGAAACCUCCAAAGAAACAAAAAAGGAAUCAGAAACUGUUCCUGAUGUGGAUAAGGAAACAGAACCAAGUUCACCCAAAAAACCGGCAGUCGAGGUCUCCAAAGUUCAGAGACCCAUCUCUCCACCAAAGACAACUGAGAAACAUAGCACAGAAGUCCAAGCGACAAACCUCAAAGCCAGUCAAACUGAAAUGACUGUACCAAAUUCAACGAACAACGAAAUGUCAGCCAAUACACUAGAGCAAAAGCGGUCUUUGCCGCCUGCGCCUACGGGCACAGCCCAGUUUCAUGUCACCUGGAAGGAGCUAAGUGCUCCUCAAAAAUACCAGUAUUUGAAGUCAAUUGAAAUUCAGAAUCUAUGUAAGAUUCUGGGAGCUGGUUUCGAUUCUGAUACGUUUGCGGAUCUGCUUCGCACUGUUCAAGACUACUAUGUACCAAACAAGGAGCCAACCACAGCGGAUGUCCUCCUUGAGGUCAGCAAAAAUGAUGAGUUUACCAUUUUGGCCAUGCUCAUGUCAGCGGAAGAGAAGAAAGUGGUGACGUCUAUUUUCAAUGCCAUCAAGAACUGGCCCAUCAAGAACCAGACGGUUAUGGAUAAGCUCUCAAAGGUAUACGACGUGGCCUAAAACCUUAAUGAUUCAAGUCUUAUGUACUUAUGUUGCUUCAAAUUGUUAGCUCAAAAACCAACACUACAAAUAUAAAGAGGAUGUUUAGAUGAUCCCCGAUAUAUUAAACAGA